AUGCCCGGAUCUCUCCCCAGAAAACCAUCCUCAACACCCUCCCGACCAGGCUUCAACAACAAUACCUCCCGCCAAACCCCCAACUCCACAAGACGCAACACCAGCAUCCUAAGCUUCUUCCAGAAAACAGACGGUCCCCCGCAAGCGACAUCUCGCCAGCCCCGGAUUACGCAGUUUGCUUCGCCUACUGGAUCUAGUCCGAGGACUACGAGUUCGAGUACGAAUACGAAGAGGACUACGGGGGGCGUGAAUCGGGGUCGUACUCCUGUGGUGCGGAGGAAGAGUUCGAAUAUUGGGUCUGCGGCGAAUGGGAGUUUGUUCUUGGAGGAUCGGAGGCGUGCUACAACAGGGAGGGGUGAUGAUGGGCGGGAGAGGUCGAGGUCGCGAUCGCGGACGCCGGAUGAUUUCUGGGGGGAAGGGGAAGAUGGUGCUGGAGAGGAGGACGAGGAGAGGUAUAAUGAGAAUGGGUCUGCGGUGAAGAGGCGCAGAACGGGGGAUUUAUCGUCGCUGUCUGUGGUUGAAGAUGAGGGAGAUAGGAAGAGAGAAGAUAAUGAGAAGGAGGGUGUCGAGGAUAAGUCCAAGUCGCAUCCGAAACCGAAAGCGAAGACCAGCGGUCCGUUUAUCGACGAGUCGGAUAGCGAGGAGGACUUGGAUGCGUUCCGGGAGGUCGAUGUCAAGGAGACGGUGACCAGUGCAACGGAUGAGCUGAAGUCGAAUACUGAUGGCCCAGAUCAGUCGACGCCCGACACACCACCAUUGGUAAGAGAAGCCACGAGCCAUAUCGACGAGGAAUAUGCGAAUUUUGACGAUUUAGGUGAAGGCGAGGAAGAAUACUUAGAGCCGUUGUCCCCGGCUGGGAAUGAGUAUGAAGAGGAGGCUGUUUGUCCUAUUUGUCAGGGUAGUCUGGUUGGAUUGAGCGAGGUGGAUGUAUCGGUACACGUUAACGAUUGCCUCGAUGGAAAGACGAAUCCUCCACCAGCAGAGCCGGCACCAAUACCACCCGACAAGUUGACUCGAAUCGAAAAGGCUGCUAUAGCGCGACCGGCGCAAAGAGACCCGUAUACUACGAAAGAAACACCUUCGAAAUCCGCAUUCUCCAAACUAAUGGCCGGAAAUGCUGAAGACACAGCAUGGGCAGCGGCCGCAGCAAACGAAGUGACAUCGCGCGGAAAGCAAGCUUAUCAACGAACCUGUCCGUUCUACAAAAUCAUACCAAACUUUUCCAUCUGCGUGGAUGCGUUUCGCUACGGUGCUGUCCAAGACUGCAACGCCUACUUUCUCAGUCAUUACCACAGCGACCACUACGUGGGCCUUACAUCGUCCUGGCGCCAUGGCCCGAUCUACUGUAGCAAAGUGACGGCAAAUCUAGUUCGACAACAGCUCAAGGUUGACCCGAAAUGGAUCGUUCCGUUGGAGUUUGAGAAGACAACCGAAGUGCCUGGUACGGAAGGUGCACGUGUAACGUUAAUCGAGGCGAACCAUUGUCCCGGGAGUGCGCUGUUUCUUUUCGAGAAGGGGUAUGGACAGGGACCUUCAUCGAGACUGCAGCGUGUUCUGCAUUGUGGUGAUUUUCGAGCAUGUCCUGCGCAUGUGCAGCAUGCACUUCUUCGUCCGGAGAUUGUGGAUUCGAAUACUGGACAGCGUCGGGCCCAGAAGAUUGAUGUUUGCUAUCUGGAUACGACGUAUAUGAGUCCAAAGUAUGCGUUCCCAAGCCAGACCGACGUUAUCCAGGCGUGUGCGGAUUUGUGUGUUCGAUUGGAUCAAGACGCGGGUGUUCUGCCGCAGAACAGCGGGAAUAAUGGUAGUAUGAUGAGCCAGUUUGUAACUGCAGUGACCGGCGGUAAUGCAGAAAAGUCGCGAUCGCAGAAAGGACGACUGCUGGUGGUGAUGGGAACAUACAGCAUCGGAAAAGAACGAAUCUGUCUAGGCAUCGCGCGCGCCCUCCAAUGCAAAAUCUACGCGACACCAGCCAAACAACGAGUUUGCGCCUGUUUAGAAGACCCAGAACUUAAUGCUCUUUUAACAGAUGACCCCCUCGAAGCCCAGAUCCACAUGCAAACGAUUUUCGAAAUCCGCUCCGAGACAUUGGCGGACUACUUGGCGUCGAUGAAACCGCAUUUUUCGCGGGUUGUGGGAUUUCGGCCGACGGGCUGGUUGUAUCGGCCGCCAUCCGGCAGGAUGCUGGAUAACCCCCCGGUGGAGACCGUAUUACACUCCGCGCAGUGGAGGACGGGGUUCUCGGCAAGGGACCUGGUACCUCAGCGCGGCAGUACGCGUGAGAGUGCGUGUUAUGGGGUACCGUAUAGUGAACAUAGUUCGUUCCGGGAGUUGACGGCUUUUUGUUGUGCAUUGCGGAUCGGGCGGGUGAUUCCCACGGUGAAUGUGGGAAGCCAGAAGAGCCGGGAGAAUAUGAAAGGGUGGAUUGAGCGAUGGGAGGGAGAGAAGAGGCGAAAUGGACUGUUUAGUGUAGAGGGGUGGUAG